UGCGCUGCCGGCUGCUGCUCACCUGCGUCCGCCAGCUCUUCCCUGACUCGCGCGCGUCACCAUGGAAGUCGAGGAGGACGACGACCCUGCGGCGGCAAGCGCGUGGCCGGGUUCCCCCAGGCGCCGCCACCUCCUCCAGUUCCUCCUCCACGCCUCCAAGCGGCUCGACCUCCGGCCCAUCGUCAAGUACUCCGCGCUGGCGUUCUUCGCCGGACGCUUCCUCCCCGCACUCCCGAGGAAGAUGGGGUUCUGUGGCGCGCGAAACGGAGGAGCCGUGAGGUCCUGGCUCCUCGAGCCCCUGAGAGACAGCAACCUGGAGCUCUUCGCGCUCGUCGCCGUGUGGAUCGCCAGCAAGAUCCAUGAUGUAAGGCCGCUCUCCGCGAAGAGCCUCAAGGCGCUGGGAGAUCGCAUCAUCGCCGACCAGCAUUUCACAUGUCGCGAUUUUGCUGUGGCCGAAUUGGUGUUCAUGGAGGUAGUGGAGUAUAACAUUGGAUCUUCAAGCAUUGCUUUCAUAUACCUGGAGGAGCUUCUCAUUCACUUCAGGGAAAUAUCAAAAUUAGGUGAUCUUUUGGAUCUGGAUGUGUGCAUGGAGAUUUUGGAUCUUCUGUAUGAGACUGAAGAUACCUCGUUGCUUUUUAACUCUCCCUGUUCACUUGCUGCUUCAACUCUUGUUGCUGCAUAUGCUAUAUCAGUUCCUAAGCAGACAUGGGAGUUUCCAAUCCUUCCUUGGGUCAGAUUUGCUACAACAUAUGAUGAAGAGGAAAUCAUGAAGAUUGUUCUGACAAUUCUCAUGCACGUGCUCAAACCGGAUGAGAUCAAAGACAAGGACAAGAUGGAAUUCGAUGUCUGAUGUUUAUUGCGAAUACGGUAGAGCACAAGAUUGUGGCCCAGUUUUGCCCGUUGUGAAGUACUAACGCCGUCUAACUAAGACUGCUAUACAUGUUUGUAGGAGAUACUGUAGCCUGGUUUUGUCCAACAGUUUCGAGAUUAAGAUGUCGAAUACAGUCCUGUGAACUGAACCAUAUGGUAUUUAAAGGAAUACACCUAAGCACCUCGUGAUGGUAUUAUGUAUUGAACAUAUGUUGAAAAAUGAUGCCUGCUAAUCAAUCGCGUAAACAUUUCCAAGAGUAAUGCCUUCACAUGGGAGCUCAGCAUAUAUGACCAAUGUAGUGGUGCACUGGUGCUGGAUCGCUCCUGGCUCCUGCUGUUCUGCCUCUUUGAGCUCUCCAAUGGAUGUACCGUUGCACCCUCACGCCUAGGUGCACUCUAUGAACUUCAUGGAGUUUUUUUUUCCUUCCCUUUCUGCAAUGUGCUAUACCACUUGACAAUUGUGAAAUAGCGUGAUAUAGUGAUGAU